UAAGUAGGGAGUCUGUACGAGGGUUUCAUCAAGAAGACAAAAAAAACGUUUAAGCUAUUGUCGAAUAAUAUUUAAACAAUUUCCUAAUUAUCCAUACAGGACCUCAUUAAGAGAUUUUACUUUUGAAGUCUAGAAGAAUCUUAAAUUCAAUAUAUUUUUUAUUAUUUUACUCUCCUUCCUCUCAAAUUAUAUAAAUGUCUAAGAGUGGUGGUAAAUUGAGGUUAAAAAAGAGCUUUGGUUCCCUUGGGGGGUCAAAUAGCAGAUCAAGUAGGAUUCCUCAAGAUGCAGCUAUAAGUCAUGAUUUAAGUAAGGAGAGCACGGUUGAGCCCUCAGUGGUGCAAGUAGAUGAUGAUGAUGAUAUUGAUGAGGAUGGACAACCACAAUUAGAUGAACACAAUGGGUCUGAAUGGAGCUUUGAUGAGAUGUAUCCUUCAAUGUCUGCACAGGAUGUAAAGGAGGAGUUUCUAGAUGAAGAUGCAGGUUUGAGUAACCCUCAUCCAGUUAGUUUUUACUCAUGGCAGGUCUGUGAAGGUGCUCUGGUUGAGAAAACAGAUGAUUCUGUUCUUGUUGAGCCUGAUAUGGAAGUAAAGGAAGAGGAAGAUGAUGAUGUUCCUUACAUUUCUGGUUAUGUCUCUGAAGGACAGUGGGGUGACUAUGGUUUCCAGGCUGGUGAUGUAGCACCUGUCUCUGAUGCUCGGCAUGGAGGUGGUAGGCGAAGGUCAGGAGAAACCACAUCAGUUGUGUGGGAAUUUUUUGCCCUCCCACAGAAUGGAAAUGUGCGAGACUCCGAGAUUGUUAUUUGUAAAAUGUGUAAUGCUAUUGUGCGAAGAGGCAAGGCUACAAGCCAUCUCGGAACUAGUGCCCUGUGGGCACACAUGCGCAGGAAACAUCCAGAUUAUAUCCAGGAGAGUUAUGGGAGACAGGCUUCAGACUCCUCUGCUUCUCCUGAACCUACUCCUAGGCCAAGUAACAUUGCAACUAACUAUUCCAACCAACCCAAACAAAGGAGGGUACUCUCAGAGGCAUGGAAUAUCUCUAGGCCUUGCCAGAGAGCUGGAGAGACUCAGCCUGCUCCUUUACCAAACCUUGUUUCUCACCCACAAUCACUACCUCUACCACCACCCCAACCAGUUCCCUUACAUAGACCAUACAACCACGGAGAGAGAGCUCGUGAAAGUAGGAUUCAUAGGCCAUCAGAGCUUACCGUCCAUGAGCGGGCAAUGCGUGAAGCCAUGUUUUCAUGUGUUGCGACUUAUUGUGGAUUGUGUUGGCAAUUGUUGAGCAGAGGUGAGCGGGAUGAGAACUUGCGAGCACACCUUGUGGAAAUGCAUUUACGUAUGGCCCACCCUGUCCGGUUUCGUAACUUAGAAAGAGAGGUGGCCAUGGAAAUGUAUUUUUAACCUCCAGCUGCAGUUUUUAUUUCCAGUUUUUCCAAAAUGGAAGGCCUUUCCCUCUUUUCUACUUUCUCUUUAUUAGGGUAGGCUUUGUGAUUCCAUUGUUUGACAAUCUUUUGUUUUUAUACAUUUGUAUUAGUUAAUUAAUGCAGGUGAAUUGAUAUAACAUUGUAACUAUUUCCUUUGCAUUGUCUUUCAUAUGUUUUUGUUCUUCCUCUCAGUACUUUUCGGAUUUCCUGACUGACAAUGGUUUUUACAUGUCUUUGCUAAUAUUAAUUGCCACAUAAUGUAUUCUGUUUUGCACGUUAUCACUUUUUUUUUUUUUUUCCAAUUAUUUAGACUUGCUGUUUUCAAAUGUAUUCAUUUGUCAUUUCUGGGAGGUUUUUGGAUUGUUUUUUGCUUAUGAAAUCAUGAUAUUUUUAGUAGAAUUUUUCUCUCUCGCUCUCCCAGUUUAUUUAAACAAUUUUAUACCUGCAAUUCCUCCCAGCUUAUACCCUGGCCAUCUUUUUUAUGCAUCCAAAAAGAAAAAAAAAAGUAAAGGAUAAAUAUUAUGCUCCCUGAUUGGUAAACCUGACUCUGGAGGAAAUUGGACCACCAAACAUGAACCUAUGGAAGAUGCACUGUGUUUUACUUUAAUUUGGAAGCCGGGAACUAAAACUCUCACCUGCAGAAAUAAGAUAUUCAAAAGGAACCAGAAUAAAAUUUCAGCUUUGAACUGGGAAUCCAUCAACAGCAUAACAUAAAAAAAAAAGAAAAAAUGGACUCAAAGCAAUCUUUGUGUUUGCAAAUAAAAUAAUUGAUGAACA